AUGGGCUAUGGGCUACGCUCACGGGCUACCAGCAUCUUUCAACUGUAUGGCUCCUUGAAAGCUGGAGGGGUAGCAUACAGCCAAUGGCGUGUGGGCUCCGCACCCUACCGGGCCCACACGUCAGUGGAAGUACAGCUCGUGCCGCAGCGGCACCGGAUCCUCGUUGCAAGUUCUGUUCACACCGCGUCCUAUAUUCAAGGAGAACGGGGGCGUUGGUGUGGUGUGGGUCGUCACCAGCAGUCGCUUGGCCCCCAGUCCUCCUCCACUGCUCCAACUGCUCCAGGCCUCCACAGCUCCCAGCCUGCUCGCUACCCGUGCCGCGCCGUGCGCCUGCGCCUUGCCGCCGUCGCCAUGAAUCACGGCAGGAGACUACCUGCCGGUCCUCUCCCAUCGUUUGAGCAGCGCCUGGGCACCUACGACUGCGACCUGAGCGUCGGCGAGCUGGUGCUGCGAGGCGACGUCGCGAGGCUGUUCGCUCCCAGCAGCGGCGGCGACAGGCCUUUCGACUACAACGCGACCCUCUUGCUCCACAACAAUGGGCGCCGAGUCGUCGUACGGGUCUUUAAGGUGGCGGCCGGCCGGGAGACGCUGCUCGGAGAGGGGUGGGGCGAGAUAUGCGAGGACUUCAACCUGACGCAGGGCGACGUUGCCGUGUUCAGGAAGGCGGCCUUGCAGGACGACCGCACGUUCAUCGCCUGCUUCCUCGAUGCCAACGGCAACCCUUGCCCCAGCAGCUUCGACGCGCUCGACGACCCGCCUUCGUCACCUGAGUUCCAAGUUAACGCGGAUUGGUUGCGGGCACAAGGAGCCGACGAGGCGGGCUGGGGCGGGCAGGCUGCCAAGAGCUGGUGGUGGUGGUCGGGCAUUGCAGGGGGGCGACAUGACCAUCAAGGGAAGCGAUGGAUCUGGCUGUGGAGUGUGGAGCUCGGGAAGGCAGCGACGAGCAUUACAUGGCGACCAAGCUGUUUGUGAAGGCCGAGCAUUACAUGGCGGAGCAUUACGUACUCUCACUGCCUCUACGUACUUCUGGUUGCUAGUUUACCGUUGAUGUGUUGCCAGUUAUUACCAACUUACCACGUACUCUCAAUUACUGCUCAAUUAGUAGUAGUACGAAUUUGUAUGGUUGCAUGAACCUUGAUGUGUUGCCAGUUACCACGUACUCUAGCAUUGGUGCUAUCUUUUAACCUUGAUGUGUUGCCAUUGUAGCAGUAUGCUAUGUUUUCUUUAAAACUUUAGAUUAUCUA